AUGCCUGGACACUUGGAAUCAACCAUGUCUAUCGAGCCUCAAGACAAAGUUACAGGAAAAAAUCAGCCUCCUUCCUAUACACCACCACCUCCCCUUCAUGUGAGCUGGGACUUUCGAUGUCUGGAGAGCUUCAGAGCCCGCCAAGAAGGCUCAUCAAUCGCGGUGGAGCUUGGCCAAUUCCUCCCUGGCAAGUCUGGUGGCGGCAAAAUCAACCUUGUAUUACUAUCUGACCCUGCUAGGGUACGAGAAUCAUGGUGGGAAGCGAAUGUGGAUGUUAGCGUCAAGAGCUUGCCCGAGUCGAUGAGGCAAGGGUGGUCUUGGUCCGAAGACAACAUCGACAGAGCUGGAGGUCAGCUGAUCGUCAAAAUGAGCGAUCUCGACCAAAUCCAGCAAGAGGCCGGCUGGUGCUGCGGCCGUAGAUACAAGCUGGUUGACCGGGCUGAGGACCCUCAGUGGGAGGCAGUUGUCUGGAUCUACGCCAAGGACCUACAAAGCUUAUCCUGCGUUAAAGUGAACGAUCUCCUCUAUGAGAAGGCGUAUGCGACGUGGGCAACAAAUGAAAAUAACCGCCUGGCCUACCUAUUCCACCGAAGAUCACCCCAUCUCAAUUUCAACGCCAUCUACGAUGAGAUGCCACUGACUGGCUGGUGGCCGUGGCCGCGAGCUGAUGAAUUUUGCCUCUAG